AUGGCGGUUCAUUCCCUUAGAAAUUUCAUUGAAAAUGAGUUGGGUAGCUUCCCAAAUUUUGUCAUCUAUGGAACCCUUGAAUUAACCCUCAUAAUCCUCUUAUUCCUCGACGGAUUCAUCUCCUUUUUCUGCAAUGAAUUCGCCAAAUUCUUCGAAUUACAACUCCCUUGUUUACUUUGCACCAGAAUUGAUCAUGUUAUUUUCCACAAAAACUCCAAUACCUACUACAACAAUGCAAUUUGUGAAUCCCACAAAAAGAAGGUCUCCUCUCUUGCCUAUUGCCACCUACAUACAAAACUCUCCGAUAUUCGAACAAUGUGCGAAGCCUGUCUACUAUCAUUCUCGUCGGAAAGAGAAUCCGACACCGACACCUACAGAUCCCUUGCAGGAACGCUUCAUAAAGACAUUGAUACCUUCAUGGAAAACGAUUACAGCAGGUUCAGUGUCAAGAAUGUGAAAGAUGACACCACUCAUUCCGAUGUUCAGAGAUGUUCUUGUUGUGGGGAGCCCAGGAAAGUAAGGACUGCUUCGAAAACAAUGAAUCGGAAUUUUUCUAGCAAUGGAAGUUUCUAUCAAGUGCCUUCAUCUCCAAGAUCUCAUAUGCUUGCAUUCAGGAAUGAGGUCAAGUUGACACCUGAAAAUGAUACUGAACUUACUUAUCAGGAUGCUUAUGGCAGCUUAAGUAUGGAUAAACCAUUUGACAUGUUCGAAGACAUCAAGACACCGACUUACUCAAAAGGAAACAAGUUCUUCGGGAUCCCAUUAACAGAUUCAACAUCAGUAAGUCCAAGGUUUGCCAACAGAUCAAUGAAGAAAUCCCCACUUGAAAAAUCAGAAUCCGUCCUAGAAUCAAACGACCUUAAUCCUAAGAACAUGGAAGCAGUCGACGGAGGAGAUUCAAUGUUAAGCCGGCUGAGGAAACAAGUCUUAAUUGACCGCAAGUUAUAUGUGGAUUGUUGCACGGAAUUAGAGGAAGAAAGAAGUGCCUCUGCUGUAGCUGCAAACAAUGCCAUGGCAAUGAUCACGAGGCUUCAAGCUGAGAAAGCUGCUGUUCAGAUGGAAGCCCUUCAGUAUCAGAGGAUGAUGGAAGAACAGGCUGAGUAUGAUCAAGAAGCAAUUCAAACUAUGAAAGAUUUGUUGAUGAAAAGAGACGAUAGAAUUAAGAUCUUGGAAGGGGAAGUGGACACGUAUAGGGAGAGAUAUGGGAUUAUACCAAAACUUGGGAGCGAUGAAUGUGAGGUUGAUGCUAACGACGAUUAUCAAGAGUUUGGGUCUCGUUCUUCGAAUGGGAGUCAGAGAUUGUCUGAAUGUGAGAGCACCGUAACAGGAUUUCAGGUGAAUAAUGUUGAAGAACAGAGUGGUUCUAGUUUUCAGGAAGAAAAGGAAAGGGGAGAGGAUAAAAUUGAAGAAUCUUUGACGGAAUUUGAACAAGAAAGAUCACAACUUCUGGGAAUGUUGACAGUUCUUGAAAAGAACAUGCAAUUGUCUUCCAUUGAAGAAGAAGAUGAACCAAAUUCUCCCCAGCCUAUCUCUUACACAGAGACAAAUGCAGAUGACCUCAAUAAAGGUGUGGAGAACAAAGUGGUCCUUAAAAGAGAGGUAUCCCUUCUAAGGGAGAGAUUGAGAGCCAUGGAGGCAGAAAGUGGAUUCAUAAAGCAUGCCACAAUGACACUUCAAAGAGGUACUGGUGAAGGAACAGAACUUCUUAGGGAGGUUGCUCAACAUCUAAGAGAACUCAGACAGUCAUCGUCUUCUUUAUCCGAGAAUACAAAUGAUCCAUCAACUCCUUCCUGA